CUACGUUACUGAUGGCAUCAUGUAUUCUCUAUCCUAUAUAGUGUACUAAGUCUGCGACAGGCUGUAAUUUGGGACGCGGUCCAGCGCUUUGCAUUGCUGUGGGAAAAUGGCGGACAAAACGCCAGGCGGGACGCCGAAGGCCAGCUCCAAGGCUUUGCUGGAAAGUAAACUGAAGGCCUUCAGCAUCGGGAAAAUGGCUGUGGCUAAAAGAACUCUGAGUAAAAAGGAACAGGAUGAACUGAAGAAGAAGGAGGACGAGAAAGCAGCUGCAGAAAUCUAUGAGGAAUUCCUGGCUGCCUUUGAGGGAGGUGAAGGGCGAGUGAAAACUUUUGUCCGAGGAGGAAUCGCCAACGCUACUAAAGAGGAAGCUACAGUCGAUGAUAAGAGAGGAAAACUUUACAAACCCAAAUCCAAAAUUCUGGAGGCGAAAACAUUUUUACCGCUGGAGACUCCGCCCCAGUUUCUCACCUUAGACAAACGCAACGCUUUAAAGAAAGCGGAGAAAGAGAAGAAAAAGAGCAAUCUGGAGCUUUUCAAAGAAGAGCUGAAACAAAUCCAGGAGGAGCGGGAUGAACGCCACCGGAUGAAGGGACGAGUCAGUAGAUUUGAGCCUCUGCCCAACGUGGAGGGAAGACGCUCCUUUUUAGAUGAAUCUGCUCCAGGCUCACAUGAUGUUGGAGAUCCUACAACCACAAACCUGUACCUGGGAAACAUAAACCCUCAGAUGAACGAGGAGAUGUUGUGUCAGGAGUUUGGACGCUACGGGCCGUUGGCGAGUGUGAAGAUCAUGUGGCCCAGGACUGAUGAGGAGAGAGCCCGAGAGAGAAACUGUGGUUUUGUGGCCUUCAUGACGAGGAGAGAUGCAGAACGAGCGCUUAAACACUUAAAUGGAAAAAUGAUAAUGAACUUUGAAAUGAAGCUGGGAUGGGGCAAAGGCGUGCCAAUUCCCCCCCACCCCAUCUACAUCCCUCCAUCCAUGAUGGAGCACACGCUCCCUCCUCCACCUUCUGGUCUGCCCUUCAACGCUCAGCCCAAAGAGAGGCUGAAGAACCCCAACGCCCCCAUGCCCCCACCUCCCAAGAACAAAGACGAGUUCGAGAAGACUCUGUCGCAAGCCAUAGUCAAAGUGGUUAUCCCAACAGAAAGGAAUUUGCUCUCUCUAAUCCACCGGAUGAUCGAGUUUGUGGUGCGUGAAGGUCCUAUGUUUGAGGCCAUGAUCAUGAACAGAGAAAUUAGCAACCCCUUGUACAGGUUUUUAUUUGAGAAUCAGAGCCCGGCUCACGUGUAUUAUCGUUGGAAGUUGUAUUCCAUCCUGCAGGGAGAUUCUCCGACUAAGUGGAGGACAGAGGACUUCAGGUUGUUUAAGAACGGCUCGUUGUGGCGACCGCCUCCUCUGAACCCGUACCUGCACGGCACACCUCAGGAGGAGGAGGAGGAGGAGAAUGAAGAUGAGGAGGAAGAAGGCAUCAAGAAAGGAUCUCUGAAAGACGAUGAGAGAGAUAAACUAGAGGAGAUUCUGCGAGGUCUCACCCCCAGGAGGAGUGACGUUGCGGAGGCCAUGCUGUUCUGUCUCACUCGCGCUGACGCUGCAGAGGAGAUUGUCGAGUGCAUCACAGAGUCUCUGUCCAUCCUGAAAACCCCGCUUCCUAAAAAGAUUGCGAGGUUAUAUUUGGUGUCUGAUGUGUUGUAUAACUCCUCGGCUAAAGUCGCUAACGCCUCCUAUUAUCGGAAAUUCUUUGAGAUUAAACUGUGUCAGAUAUUCUCUGAUCUCAACGCCACCUUUAAGACGAUACAGGGCCACUUACAGUCUGAGAAUUUUAAGCAAAGAGUGAUGUCAUGUUUCCGAGCGUGGGAGGACUGGGCCGUGUAUCCUGAUCCGUUCCUCAUCAAACUCCAGAACAUUUUCCUGGGUCUCGUCAGUCUCGAUCCCGAAAAGGAGGCAGAAGUGUCUGAGCCCACUGAACAGGUUGAGGAUUUGGAUGGUGCCCCCAUCGUGGAAGAGGAGUUGGAUGGAGCACCUUUAGAGGAUGUUGAUGGAACACCAAUCGAUGGAGCUCCACUAGAUGGUGCUGUACUGGACGACCUGGACGGGGUUCCAAUAAAAGGAUCAGAGGAAGAGCUGGACGGCCUUCCUCUGGACGGACAGAAACCUGGGUUUAAAAUGGCUCCAUCUAAGUGGGAGGAAGUGGACGGAUCUGCUCUCCAGGCUCAGGCUAUAACUACGUCAAAGUGGGAAGUCUUCGAUUUGCCAGAGGAGUCUGAGAAAAGCGGCGAGAGGAAAACACACGAGGGCGAUGUGAAGGAGACUGUGAAGAGUUCCUCGGCAGAACUGCAGUCUCAGCCUGCUAAAGAGGAACAUCAGCAGGACUCUAAAUCGGCCAAACUUUCAGAGAUGAGUGAAGAGAAACGCGCUAAGCUACGGGAGAUUGAGCUCAAAGUGAUGAAGUUUCAGGACGAGCUGGAAUCCGGAAAACGGCCCAAAAAAUCCGGCCAGAGUAUUCAGGAACAGGUGGAGCUGUACAGGGACAAACUACUGCAGAGGGAAAAGGAAAAAGAAGUGGAGAAAGACAAAGAGAAGGAAAAAGAGAAAAAGGACAAGGACAAAUCUGAUGUAACUCAUAAAGAGAAGGAAAAAGAGGACUCCUCGUCCAACAGAAAAGAAAAGAAGCGCAGACACAGUCCGUCUCCUAGUCCGAGUCGCAGCAGCAGUGCCCGCCGUGUCCGAUCUCCAUCACCGCGCUCUGAGCGCUCCGACCGCUCUCACACCAAGGACAGCUCACGCUCCACCUACAGAGACUCGCCCAGAGACAGCAGCCGAAAAUCCUCCAAACGAUCACCUUCUCCCUCCGCCACACCCAAACGCUCCCGCAGGUCCAGAUCACGAACGCCCAAAAAAUCCUCCAAAAAAUCCCGUUCCCGUUCCCGCUCACCGCACCGCUCACACAAAAAAUCCAAAAAGAGCAAACACUGAGAAAUGUCUUCAUCUCUUCUGUGCCUCAGUUUCAUCUCGUCAGUGCGUGUAGGAAGCGUCCACAUUUCUCCUCUUCCUCCAUGAGGUUCAAUUCCACAAGCACGCCUGCAGUUCCGUGUGAUCAGGGCUCUACACCGGGGUUUAUGCCAGCCAGCUCUGCUCAAGUGCUCUCAGAACAAUGUGGUAUUUUUGCUCGUGGUUUUUAGUCCCUGCAAAAAUGACGUAAAUUAAAAUAGUGUAUGUUUCAGUUGUAUAGAUGUUUUGAUUUUCAAUAAAGACACAGCGUAUGUGAA